AAGCAUUCUGAUCAUCAUUAGCAGAGUGAAAGAUCACAUAAUUUGGUUUUAUGGAGAAAUAUGACUGGUGGAAAUGAACAAUAAUGAAUAAAUAAUAAGUGUAAUAAACCAAUAGAUCCUUAAAAGAUACAGCAGGAUGAUUGAGACAAAAUCCUGUGUGACAGGAGGAUUCUAUGCUUUGUGCCCUUGCAGACCCAAACAACCUACUAGCUGACAUUAGACCAGCUUAUAUUCUGUAAUUUGGCCAUUAAAGUUGUCAGGCUUUAAUGGGACAUAGUUGAUGCAGAAUUAAUGAUUGCUCGUCUAGGUGAUAUACAUAUAACCAAAGCACAAUUUGCAUGUAUGAAAGAAUGGGCUGAAAGGAACAUAACUGGAAGUUGCAUUAAUGUCAAUGUGUAUCUUGACAGUAAGGUCCUAGAAGCUGAUAUACAACAAUUUUUAAUCAGAAGACGAAAGGGCAUGGUGUAGUUGUGUAUACUGCUUUUAAAAAAAACAUUCAAAUCCCACCUGAUUUGUGGGACACAUGCACAUGAAUUGUCUUUUUUUUAUUGGUGAAAAUUACUUAAAUGCUUGAAGCUGCAACCCAAUCUUUCAUUUAAUUUUCUAUUAAGUGACCAGUAUUUGCAACAGGAUGCUCAUGUACAACACAAUACAUUAAACUAAUUCAGGGGACCCAUAACCAACCAGUUUACCAUAACUGAGCAGGAGUUAAGGUAGAUUUUACCUGAAACUACAACCUGUUCUCAGUUACACUCUACAAACUGCAUAUUCCUGUUUUCAUAAAAAAAAAAUUUAAACAAAGUUUGAAUUGCUCCGUCUUCUACUGCAAAAGGGACAAUCCAUAGAUUUUACACAGGAAGUGUAAAAAAAAAAAGUUGAGCUGUUUGCUGUGACCAAAGCUACUGACAGAAAUUUAGCACUUUGAGAUUGCAUUUAGCAAUGAAAAGUACUUGGUCUAGUACUAAAUACUAAUAAAGUACUAAAUAAAAUGUAUUACUAUUAUUAUUACAUGCUGCAAGACAAUUUACCCUCUUCUCGCUUUUUGUACAGACUCAUGUCUCUAACUUUUGACUACGUUUGUCUCCGUACACAGUAGAAAUUAAAAUUAAAUGUUUUGGUUAUUCAGCGUUUUAUUUUGCACAUAGACGCUAAAAUUGUGUAAAAAAGUGCAUCUAUUUUAUGCUUAUUUUGAGUGUCACCGUCUGUACAGUGUGUUCUUUUAUAUUUUAGUAUUAUAUUUCAUUCUUAAACAAAACAAAUAGUUGCUUCAGCUUUAGAAUUGAGGGCAGAUGUUAUUUUACCCCCAAUUAGCAAGUGCAAACGCAUGCAGUCUUAAAUUCACAUUUCUGCUUUGUGCACUUCAAAUGUAAUUAACCGCACAGAAUAAACAGAACUGAAAUGUUUUUACUUUUACUUAAAUCAUUUAUUCCUUGGAAAAGGUCAUAUUUACUGGGUUUCCAAGGAUUUCCCCACCACUGAUCUAUGGUCUCUAUAAAUGUGAAAAGUCACACGAUUUACUGAAAGAAAAGAAAAGAAGCCGAGCUGGGUAAAUCAGCCUUUUGACUUCAUGCACCGCUUGCUCGGAUGGGCUGCAAGAAAGUCUAAACCUGGAAUUGUUACCAUCUCUUGUUAUGUUUAAAAAGAAAAAACCCCCCAUAAAUUCAGUUUUUAUAGAGCAAUGCCAUUGCCUUUAACAUGAGCUUUUUACUGUGUAAUUCAUUUUUAUUUUUGCCACCAAUUCCUGUAUGUUUCUGUAUCUGUUGUGUGCUUUAGUAUGUUUUUUUGUGUUCUCAUUUCCUGCUCGUUUAAAAAUUGUAUUACUGUCCAUCUUGGCCAGGACCCCCUUGGCAGAGGAGACGUUGAAUCUCAAUGGGACUUUCCUGGUUAAGUCAAAUAAUAUAAAGUAGAAUUCAUUCAUACAUUUGAGCUGCACCUCUUCAUGUUUACAGGGGAUCCAUAACAAAGUGCACAUCACUGAGUUCACAGCAGAGGAGCCACGAGCGCCGCGUCCCGCCUCCGUGGAACAAUCGUCUCCUCCACGUUCGCGCUUGUCUGUCAGGUGGGCGUGUUCCGGCGCUGCCAUUGGACAGAGCCCGUUCCCAUUUCCUCCCCGGCUUCCGCUUUCCUUUCACGCGCACGCCCAGCCACUGAAUAAUGAUAAUAAUGAUCAAGAUGGCUACUACGGAAUACUCGUUGCGGUAGCCAGCCAACAAUUUCAUGGGAGCUCGCGGAACUGCGAUUUCUCACUGUUCGAGUCCCUCGGGGUGACGGGGCCGCGCCAGGGGUCACGCUACAUGGAGUGAACCGGGCCGAGAGGAGACAAAAGUGACCGCGUCGUCUGCAGCGCUCGUUCCGGGGGGACGCUAGCUAGCGGAGCAGCUAGCUAGUUGUGCUCGUCGACCAUCUCCGGCUCCGGCUUUCGCUCCCCCCCCCAGCCCAGCCCAGCGGCGCUGCCCCGGUUUCCGCGUGCCCUUGUCGCGCGCACGGAGGGCGUCAAAUGGCAGAGCCGAGGAAAGUGCCGUUCGUCACCAUCCACUCCUUCAACACGUCGCCGCCGGCCCCGGAGUCCGGCAAGAAGCGCCGCCGCGAAGACGAGGCCGUCGACAUCACUUCGGGGAAAGAUGGAGGUGGAAGUGCCUCGGCGGCGGAGGCGGAGGUGGCGGGGUCAGGAGGUGGCGGCGGCGGCGGCGGCGGCGCGCUGUUCGGCAACACGACGGGAGGCGACGCCGACAGCGGCGAGACGAGACCCACCGUGCGCCUCCACCUACCGCUCACCGAGCCCAACGAGCGGGGCUCCGCCGAGUUCAACUACGGCGAGUUGGUCCACUCGACCGUUUCUACUCAGGUAAAAAAGAUCGCAGUUACAACAGCACCUAAAGGACUCGCUCCUCCGCUGGACCCCAGCGACCCCUUUGCUGAUGAUGAGAAGGAAAGACGAGAGGUUGAGGAGCUGGCCAAGAAAUUUGAGAGCAAAUAUGGUGGUGCCCCGAAGAAGAAGAAGAGGGACAGGAUGCAGGAUCUCAUUGAUAUUGGUUAUGGCUAUGACGAGACAGACCCCUUCAUAGACAAUUCCGAGGCUUAUGAUGAGCUGGUGCCCGCCUCUCUCACCACCAAACAUGGAGGCUUCUACAUCAACACAGGCACUCUGCAGUUCAGAGCAGCGUCUGACUCCGAGGGAGAGAACGCAGGCACGGAGGAUAAUCACUUUAAGAAGGUGAAAGAUGGUGAAGAGCGGGUGAUAAAGAAACGGCGGAAAAAGCCAGACGGCAUUCUUGAGGAAAAGAAACCCAGGAAGAUCAAAGUACCAAAGUCUGGAGUUUCAUCCCUGAAUGUCCAUCGGCCGGAGAAGAAGAAGAGGAAGAAGCUGAUGAAGGAUUCCAUCCACCUGGCCAACAUGCUGCGUCGCUUCACCCGGGAGAAGGAGGAGAUGCGUAAGAAGAAUCCAGUUGCUGCUGUUCUACCACGGCCCAACACCAAAGUGCCCAACGCCAACAGUGCGCUCCUAAACGCCCACCCGAAGGCCGCCGGCGGCAACGACUGCAACAUGGCUGACCUGAGCGCCGACCAGACUGUGAUGUCACUGCUGGGUUCGGCCAACAACGACAUACUGCAGGACAUGAUGGGAGACCUGGACUUUGGGAUGCUGGACUCCCCGCAGCCCUCCAGCCCAGCGCAGGGAGAGAACGGCUCCUUUGGGAUGGGACAUAAAGCAGGCGUGGGCCGAGUGCCUCAGGGUAGUGUGAUGCCCCCCCCUCCUCUGCCCAGCGGGCUGCCGGGCCCGCUCGCCAAGCGCAUCGAAGACCUGAGAGCGGCGUCCCGUCUGUUCGAUGAAGAGGGCAGGAAGAAGUUCUUCACGUUGGACAUGAACAACAUCCUACUGGAUAUCGAGUUACAGGUUCAGGAGCAGCCUUCAGAGGUGCGUUCAGCCGUCUACUCUCACCUCGAGGCCUUUGUGCCCUGUAAUAAAGAAGCUCUGCUCAAACGCCUCAAGAAGCUCAGCCUCAACAUACAGGAUGACCGUCUUCGCGCGCCCCUGCUGAAGCUGAAACUGGCAGUGUGCAGCGUGAUGCCAGAGCAGAUCGCUCGAUUCAACAUGGACUGUAUCGCCAAAGUGGCAAAGCAGCAGUCUGGGGAGGGAGAGAAGAAUGGGUCGGAGGACGACGACGAGGAGAAACCAGGGAAGAGGGUGAUGGGGCCUCGGAAGAAGUUCAUCUGGGACGACAAACUAAGGUUGCUGCUGUGUAACCUGGUGCGGGUGAAGCUGAGCUGCUACGAGCUGGAGGGUAAGAACACGCUGUCUCUGGAGGACUACCUCAAGGCCUUCAUGGAGACCGAAGUGAAACUUCUCUGGCCGAAGGGCUGGAUGCAGGCCAGGAUGCUGUUCAAAGAGAGCAUCAUGGCUCAUGGUCACCUCACAGGCUACACAGCAAAGAAGAAGAUGGUCACUACUCCCAAGGCCAAGCCAAAGGAGGCUGUUUGGGUUCGGCCCACACCUUCAGCUGGUGCCACUCCUUCCCCCGCUGCCCAGGUUGCCAAGCGACCGCCUCCGUCACCGUCUGAGCCCAUAUGUCUCGAUUCCCUCGACGAGGAUCUGACAGCUCCGUCCCUGGACUCCAUCUCCCAGGCCCUCGCCAUCCUCGGCAACGCAGCCAAGGGCCUGGCCCAGGGGGACAGCCCCCCGUCCCCGGACAGAUCCAGGGCGGCCACCAACCCCUCCUCCCUCCACGCCUCCCCUCUCAUUCAGCAGCAGCAGAAGAAGAACGUCGUCAGCACUCCCACACAAGCUCAUUACAUCUCUACCUCUUCGCCCUCCUCCGCCUCUCUGUCUCGGACCCCCUCCAUCACGUCCUCUCCCCUGCCCUCCGUGAGGGUGGAUGCGAUGGGGCUCGUCAAGGGCAUGACUCAGGCGCACAGACACUCAGUUUUGAACACUCAGAGACCCUUGGGUGUAGCAAAAGCCAACAUGCCUGCCUCAGCGUCACCACCUAAACCACGCCCACCACCCACCGCGUCUCCGCUUGUGGCCCCAGGAUCGAAGACCGGCGUCUCCACUCCCCCGUCCGGCCUCCUCAAAGGCAGCAAUAAUAAUAAAGCCAACAGCGGCGACACCCUCAUCCUCACAUCGCCUCAGUCUCGGCAAAACACACUUUCAUCACCCUCGCUCAUGACCCCCAAAACCUACCAGACGCCGCCUCGCAUGACCCACACCCCGCAGAGUAAAAUGUCCCCCUCCCUCUCUCUGACGCUUCCCGGUGUUCAGCCCCGGCCGCAGUCUAACUUCAUCACCCCUAUGCACGCCACUCUCACCAAGUCCACACACAGCAGUAUCCCACCUAUUGUCAAACUCACCCCACGCACUCCCAACCCUGUUGUCACCAUCUCUGCCUCACCCUCUAACUCUCAAAACCCCAGGUCUCAGGCAACCCCCACCAUACACCGGUACUCCCCCCAAACCCCCACAGGGUUCCGCCCGCCGUUCUCAGGUGCCCAAGGAGGAGCAAUCAAGCCAGGUCAAGGCAGCUACACUUCUCCAGGCAGCCAGAAGACCCCCAACAACAACAGCACCAACAACAACACCAGCCUUAUUAACGCUUCAUCCAUAAGCAAGCAUUCAGGGUCCAGUGCCUCACCCACGGUGGCCUCUGCCAGCCCGGGCCAGCGUCAGAGGCCUGGGAGUGGGACACCUCAGGGGGCCAAGUCUGUCAUGUCAGUUUCAUCAUCAUCCGUCUCUUCUCAGUUGCCACAGGUCUCCACAGCAGGUAGCGGCGGUCUGCUCGGCUCGACUGCGUCCCUCCCCCUCGGGUUCGGGAUGCUGGGCGGCCUGGUGCCCGUGUCCUUGCCCUUCCAGUUCCCCUCCCUGCUCAACCUGCCCACGCUGGCCACAGCGGGCUCCAGUUCAGCAGCCAGCGGCUCCGCAGCCAGUAGCAAUGCAUCGUUCUCCACCCUGACCCAGAAUCUGUAUAAGAGUCUCCAGUCAGGGUCUCAGGUUGCUCUGCCUCCUCACUUGCAGCUCGCUUUCUCAGAUGUCAGUCAAAGCCAAGGAGGAGACGCCAAGAGGAAAACUCUAUGAUACCGCUGGAUUCCUUCACCCAGCAGCUGACGGGACAGGCGAUGGAACGUGACUCUGGGUGGCAGAUGGACGGACCACUGAGAACAGGGGUCUGCAACACAGACUGGGCUACAUUUAAGAUACUUGAUCUGAGAUCGGCUCUAGUUAUCAUGAAUACUACCGCUAAAUAUAACAUUUUUUUAAACAAUUUGAUAAGUUUUAAAUGCUACUCUUAAUAGAAUUGUUAAAUGAAACGACAAAUGCCGUUUGUCGCUGUUUACAAGACCGACCUAUAUCACUGUGGACAGGGAGGAGUGAGUGGUUUUUUUUAGGUGUGCGCGUGUGUAUGAAUGUGCGAGUGUGUUUGGUGAGGCUAAAAACGUGCCUUUGUACGUCUCCCUCUCUGAUGCAUGGUCAGUGUGUCUAUCUGGUGCUGUUUUUAUCAUAAUGUAAUUAUCACUGAUACUUGUAAGAAAUGUAAACUGCAAAUUGGUGAGAAAUUGAGCUUUUGUUUUUUCCAAUGAAAGAUGUACACUUUUUCAUUGAACUGGAAUUCUUGGAUGAAUUCUUCUGUGUAUAGAACUGACUUAAUUAAAAUCUUUCCUUUCGA